CUGCUGGCUCAGUGGGAGGAGGAGAGUCACUCUCAGCCAGGAGAACCGCAGCGGCAGUUUGGGAGAAACCCAGACGGGGGGAAAAGUGCGUACAACCCGGGAGAAGUCUCACAGAGGUUUCCACCAUGAGUUGGGGGACGGAGCUCUGGGACCAGUUUGAAAAUCUGGACAAACACACCCAGUGGGGGAUUGACUUUCUAGAGCGCUACGCAAAGUUUGUGAAGGAGAGGCUGGACAUAGAGCAGAGCUAUGCCAAGCAGCUACGAAAUCUGGUGAAGAAAUACUGUCCAAAACGUCCAAAAGAUGAAGAGCCAAGGUUCACAUCCUGUGUGUCGUUCUACUCCAUACUGGGCGAACUUAACGACUACGCUGGGCAGAGGGAGGUGGUGGCAGAGGAGAUGUCUCAUAAGGUUUACAAUGAGCUAAUGAGGUACAGCCAAGAGCUGAAAGCUGAGAGAAAACAUCACCUACAGGAAGGGAGAAAGGCUCAACAGUUUUUGGAUCACUGCUGGAAACAGAUGGACAAUAGUAAAAAGAAGUUUGAGAGAGAGUGCAGAGAAGCGGAGAAAGCCCAGAUGACCUUCGACCGGUUGGAUAAUGAUAUCAAUGCAACCAAGUCAGAGGUGGAGAAGGCCAAAGCCCAACUCUACAUGCGGACUCACAUGGCAGAUGAGAGUAAAAACGAAUAUGCCGCCCAGCUCCAGAACUUUAACGGAGAGCAGUGGAAACACUAUAAUAACUCCGUACCACACAUAUUCAAGAACAUUCAAGACAUGGAUGAACGGCGAACAGUAAAACUCGGCGAAACGUAUCAAAGGUUUGCAGAGGCAGAGAAGAGAGUCAUUCCCAUCAUCUCCAAAUGCCUAGAUGGAAUGGUUUCUGCUGCUAAGGCUGUGGAUGCGCGGCGGGAUUCCUCUAUCGUUGUGGAGUCAUUUAAAUCUGGCUUUGAACCACCGGGAGAUUUUCCGUUUGAGGAUUUCAGUCAGCACUUAAGCAGGACGGGAUCAGACGGGACCAUCAGCAACACCCCAAAAAGUGACAGAGACCUGGGCCCGAUCCCGCGUUCCGAAGCAAAACACACCAUCGGCAGAAGCAAGAACAAACUCUGGCUAUUUGGGAAAAAACCAAAGUCCCCAUCCUUUCUCCCUCCUCCGCCACCUUCCUCAUCCUCCUCCCCCUCUUACUGUCAUCAGCGGUCCACCUCCCAAUUCUUCCCUACGGCACGCUUCAACUCCGACCUUGUAAGCCACUAUCUGUCUGAGAUAAAGACUACAGUACCCAAAAUCCCUCAGAACAUAAGAGGUCUGAGGAGAGGGGUGAGACGAGACGUAUCCAUGAGUUUGAAACCGUGGUCACUUAAGAUGGUACCCUCUCUGGAGGAUUUCAGCCACUUACCUCCUGAGCAGAGGAGGAAGAGGCUACAGCAGAAGCUUGAUGAACUCAAUAAGGAGCUUCAGAAGGAAACAGAUCAGAGGGAUGCAUUGAACAAGAUGAAGGAUGUGUAUGAGAAGAAUCCUCAGAUGGGCGACCCCAACAGUCUGCAACCAAGAAUCUCAGAGACCAACUGUAAUAUCCAGAAGCUGCGUUCAGAGAUCCACAAAAAUGAGACCUGGCUGUCUGAGGUGGAGGGCAAGCAGAGCUCCAGGGGAGACAGAAGGCACAGCGCAGACAACCACCAUCACACUCCUCAUGGCAGGGAGAGCCCUGAGGGCAGUUACACAGACGACACCAGCCAAGAGCAUCACACGCCACGCCACCGCCCCGCGCAGCCGACUCAGCCAAUCCACGACCCUCAUGAGUUUGAUGAUGAGUUUGAUGAUGAUGAUCCAUUGCCCGUCAUCGGACACUGCAAAGCGCUCUACUCUUUUGAUGGUCAAAAUGAGGGGACCCUGACAAUGGCAGAGGAUGAGGUCUUAUACAUCAUCGAAGAGGAUAAAGGCGACGGCUGGACCCGGGCCAGAAAGCAGAGCGGGGAGGAAGGCUACGUCCCCACCUCCUACGUAGAAAUCACAAUUGAGAAAAACAGCAAAGGUGCCGUCACCUACAUCUGAAGCCUCCCUGUCUUCUGUCUCCCAUUCUCUCCAUGUUUGCCUUAACCCCAGUUACACCGAACAAGACACUACACCAGAAACACUAUUCAAUCACCUGCAUGGACAUCUGUUCUGGGUUCCAUCCCCUCUGUUUACCUCUCUGCCUUUUAGUUCCUUAACAUUUUGUUCAUUCACCCCCUCAUGUUUGUAGGACUGAUGAAGGGAUGAGUGCCUGGGACAAAUAGGACAAACCUGUUUGGUUGUUGUAUAUGAGUAUUUUCCUCUGUUUGAGCUUAGUAUCAAUCAAGUUCUUUUUAAAGUUUUUGUAACAUAUUAGAAACACAUUAUUUUUGUUUAAAAUAGUCUUUUAUUAAUAAUUAUGGUGCUUUUAUUGUGGAAGAAGUAAUCAAACAUCCUGAUUUUAAGCUCUAUUUCUUUUGACCUUUGUUUGUUUAUUUGUGUGUGUGUGUGUGUGUGUGUGUGUGCGCACUCUUUAUCCGUGCCAUCCAGCCAGUAUAUCUGGAACCAUGCUGCAGUAACACUUUCUUAAGUCACUGAGGAGAAUAAAAAAAAAAUGCAGUUAUUUUUAUGCAGUAUGCACAAGAGUUCAUUUCAUGCAGGUUUUUCAUAAGAAACAUUUUCUGUUUUCUUCCUGACAAUAAACCCCACCACAGCUGAUUUCCAUGAUUUGUUUUCUUUCCAUUCAUUAAGAAUUAAAGAUAAGCAGAUAUUAGAGCAGGUUUCAAAAUUAUUUAGAGAAAGUUGCAUCUUCCUCACCCAAGCUGAAAACAGAUCCAGAAAUCAGAUGGUGUAUCAGAGCCUUUAUAAUAGGAAUAAUCUCUUUUAUCCUUUAACAUCUUAUAGCUUUAGAUGGGUAAAUGCUUUUGUCUGAAACAGAGUUUUUAAUAGAUCAAA